AUGCUGCAGGGUGCAGGCCAAUCUACCCGUCCGCUGAAAGAAUCCGUUCACGCGAAGAUUGCCUCACGAACGAAACAGUUUGAAGUGGGUGUCGUAUUUUUGAUUGUCGACAAGUUGAUGGCUAAUCUGCCGCUGCGGGACGUUAACACGACGAGCUGGAACAUCCCGUCCGAGCUGAUCCUAGCCGAUCCAGAGUUCUACAAAUCUUCGGCAAUCGACAUUAUUCUUGGCGCUCGACAUUAUGCUGCUUUCUUCGAAGGUAGUGCCCAGCUCAAACUAGCACCUACCCUUUCAACGCUGCAAGAAAGCGUAUUCGGAUGGGUCGUCACUGGUUCGAUUGGAUCGCCAGAGCCUUCGGAAGGCACUUCUAAUGUUGCUCACACGACAGCUGUAAUUUGUAUGACAACUCUAGAAGAGUCCAUCGAGCGGUUUUGGAAAUCAGAAGAGUUAUGGUUCAACGAUGGCUACUCACCCGAAGAACGCCAAUGUGAGGCUAUUUACCGAAACACAACCCAGCGGGAUCCAUCGGGUCGAUACAUAGUUCGUCUUCCGAAGCAACCAGAUUUCUUUGACAAACUUGGACUGUCAAGGGAUAUGGCUUUGAACCGCUUCAUACUUCUCGAAAGAAGACUCCAACGUGAUCCAGACCUAAAAGAAGAAUACCACAAGUUCAUGAAAGAGUACUUAGAACUGGGGCACAUGACUCCCACGUCUCCAGCAGACAAUGAUCACGGGUAUUACUUACCGCACCAUCCCGUUUUGAAAGAAUCUAGUACGACGACAAAGCUCCGGGUCGUUUUCGACGGAUCAGCGAAGACAUCUACUGGAUAUUCGCUAAACGAAGCAUUACGUGUCGGUCCAGUGGUGCAAGACCAGUUGCUGGAUAUAAUUCUUCGUUUUCGCACCUACAAAGUAGCGCUCGUUGGUGACAUUGCGAAAAUGUACAGGCAGAUAGAAGUCCAUCCUGAUGACCGUCGGUUUCAACGCGUGUUGUUUCGAUUCUCACCGGAUGCUUCAGUGGAGACUUACGAGCUGAAUACGGUGACCUACGGGCUUGCUCCAUCUUCUUUUUUGGCAACGCGUACGUUGCUGCAGUUGGCCGAGGAUGAAGGCACGAACUUUCCGCAUGCUGCACAGGCUUUGGUUCAAAAUUUCUACGUGGACGACUUCAUCGGUGGUGCUGAUUCAGAGGAGCAAGCAAAGCAGCUACGAGAGGAGCUCGAUGAAUUGUUAAAAAAGGGUGGAUUCUCUCUGCGAAAAUGGACCUCUAGUAAGUUGGCCGUGCUCUCUGGUUUGACGGAGGAUCAGAUCGGAACGCAGUCAACGCUUCAAUUUAUGCCCGACGAGAAGAUAAAGGCACUUGGUAUCGCUUGGGAGCCCGAAGCUGACGUUUUAUCCUUCGAGUCGCGGAUCGACGCCGACACCAGCUACCCCACAAUGCGGAUAAUAUUCUCUGGCAUCUCCCGAAUGUUCGAUCCGAUAGGAUUGAUAUCGCCGAUCAUCAUUCGCGCUAAGUUGCUGAUGCAGGAAUUGUGGGUGCAGAAGCCUGGCUGGGAUAAUCCUGUUUCUGACAGCAUCUACAAAAAGUGGACAUCCAUUAAAUCCGACUGGCCAAUUAUUUCCGGUUAUAAAAGUGAUCGCUACGCUCUCUUACCUGAUUCUCGCGUUCAGUUACAUACGUUUUGUGAUGCCUCUGAAGCCGCGUUCGGUGCAUGUAUUUACUCGCGUUGUGAAAACAAACAAGGACACGUACGAAUAUCGCUAUUGGCAUCGAAGUCACGUUUAGCACCACUAAAACGGGUUACAUUACCGCGAUUGGAACUUAAUGCAGCCGUUACAGGAGCGCAUUUAUACGAUCGUGUGAAGCAAGCGAUGGGACUCGAAUUAGCGGAGUCAUAUUUUUGGUCCGACUCGACAGUUACGCUGCAUUGGCUGAGUUCACCGCCCAACAAUUGGAAAACGUAUGUAGGCAAUCGCGUCGCGGAGGUGCAAGCCUACUCACAUCUCCAUCCCUGGAAACACAUUGCGGGAUGUUCGAAUCCUGCUGAUUUGGUAUCACGAGGCGUGACCGCAGCAGAUUUCGUGAAAAGUGCACUGUGGAGCAGCGGUCCAGAGUGGUUAAUUCGUCCAGCGUCUGAAUGGCCAAAUUCAACACCAACGGUUGCGGAUGGUGCCGAGCUAGAGAUUCGUCAAGUGAGUGCAGCGGUUGCCGUCAUCGAGACAGUGCAUCCUUGGUUCGAGCGGUACUCAUCAUACACCAAGCUUCUACGCGUCAUUGGGUAUUGCCUUAGAUUCGUGCGCAAUGCUAAGGAGAAGUGCCGUACUCGCCGCGAUCCAUUGGAGCCCCCAGCGUCAUCAACUAUCACUACGGACCUCAUGGAAGCUGCUAAAACUGUGCUAUGCAAGCUGGCACAGCAAGACGCAUUUCCAACGGAGCUCGAGCGGUUGAGGAAGCGUGAGGUGGUUCCAAAGCGCUCACCACUUAGACGUCUGAGCCCGUUCAUCGACAGCGAAGGAGUUAUGAGAGUAGGAGGACGCCUCAAGCUCUCACAACUGCCUUAUCAAUCGAAACAUCCAAUUCUUCUGCCCAAGAAGCACAUCUUCGCACGCCGCAUCGCAGAGCACCUUCAUAGAGAACUCAUACAUGGUGGCGGAAGAUUGCUGCUUUCCCAGAUUCGCGAAGAAUGUUGGCCACUCGACGGACGACAUCUGGUGAAAAGCGUCGUUAGACACUGCUUACGAUGCAUUCGCCAACAGCCCAUACUUGCGCAGCAACAAAUCGGGCAGUUACCAUCAUCGCGGAUCACACCGAAUCGACCGUUCGCGACCAUCGGAGUGGACUAUGCUGGGCCGAUCUACCUACGACCGAUCCACAAACGAGCAGAGCCCGCCAAAGCAUACCUCUGCGUAUUUGUUUGCUUUGCUACGAAGGCUGUUCACCUGGAACUAGUGGGUGAUUUGACCACUGCUGGUUUCCUAGCAUCACUUCGACGGUUUGCAUCGCGCCGAGGACGUCCGUCCCAUAUCUACUCGGACAACGGUAAAAACUUCGAAGGCGCAGCCCGGGAGCUUAGUGAGCUAUUCGAGAUGCUCCAUGAUGAGGAGCAAAGCAACAUCAUCGUUUCGACUUGUGCUGAUAUGGGCAUCACUUGGCACUUCAGUCCACCAAGGGCUCCACACUUUGGCGGAUUGUGGGAAGCUGCAGUGAAGACCGCCAAAAGACACCUGUUUCGCCAGCUGGGCAGCACGAGACUGCCUUAUGAAGGAUACAUCACUGUGCUGCACCAAAUAGAGGCAGCAAUGAAUUCGCGUCCGCUGUUGCCUAUGUCGGACGACCCCAACGAUUUAGCCGCUUUAACACCUGCACAUUUUCUUAUAGGCACAUCCAUGAACGCUAUCCCCGAGCCGGACUAUUCAACCCGAAAGACGUACACCCUGAGCGAGUGGCAGAAGUGGCAACUGCUCGUCCAGCGCUUCUGGAAACAUUGGGCCGGCGAGUAUCUACAAGAGAUGCAAAGGGAUACGAUGAAGACCUGCAGCAAUUCAGAUUUCUCACCUGGCAGACUGGCAAUCCUGAUGGACGAGGCUCUUCCUACAACACAAUGGCCACUCGCGCGGAUAGUUGAGACGCACCCCGGCACGGAUAGUUUGACACGUGUGGUAACAUCAAGAACUGCAAAGGGAAUUUCGGUUAGGCCAAUCGCUAAAAUUUGCUUGCUACCGGAGGCAACAAACUAA